AUGUCUAAAGCCGUUGGUAUCGAUUUAGGUACCACCUACUCGUGUGUGGCCCACUUUGCCAACGACCGAGUUGAAAUCAUUGCCAAUGACCAAGGUAACAGAACGACACCUUCGUUUGUGGCGUUCACCGACACGGAGAGGUUGAUUGGAGACGCAGCCAAGAAUCAGGCCGCCAUGAACCCGCUGAAUACCGUUUUCGACGCUAAGCGUUUGAUUGGUAGAAAAUUCAACGACCCCGAAGUGCAAACUGAUAUCAAGCACUUUCCAUUUAAGGUGAUUGACAAGGGCGGCAAGCCAAAUAUCGAGGUUGAAUACAAGGGUGAAACCAAGGUUUUCACCCCGGAGGAGAUCUCGUCUAUGGUUUUGACCAAGAUGAAGGAGAUUGCCGAGGGUUACUUGGGCACCAAGGUUAACGAUGCCGUUGUCACCGUGCCCGCUUACUUUAACGAUUCUCAAAGACAAGCCACCAAGGAUGCUGGUUUGAUUGCUGGUUUGAAUGUCUUGAGAAUUAUUAAUGAGCCUACUGCUGCCGCCAUUGCCUAUGGGUUGGACAAGAAGGGAACUAAAGGUGAACACAAUGUCUUGAUUUUUGACCUUGGUGGUGGUACUUUUGAUGUUUCAUUGUUGGCCAUUGAUGAAGGUAUCUUUGAAGUCAAGGCUACUGCAGGUGACACUCACUUGGGUGGUGAAGAUUUCGACAAUAGAUUGGUUAACUUUUUCAUCCAAGAAUUCAAGAGAAAGACCAAGAAGGACAUUUCUGGUAACCAAAGAGCUUUGAGAAGAUUGAGAACCGCUUGUGAAAGAGCAAAGAGAACCUUGUCCUCAUCUGCUCAAACUUCAAUUGAAAUUGACUCCUUGUAUGAAGGUAUCGACUUCUACACUUCGAUCACCAGAGCCAGAUUUGAAGAGUUGUGUGCCGACUUGUUUAGAUCCACUUUGGACCCAGUUGAAAAAGUCUUGACCGACGCCAAGAUUGACAAGGCCCAAGUUGAAGAAAUUGUCUUGGUUGGUGGUUCCACUAGAAUCCCCAAGAUUCAAAAAUUGGUUUCCGAUUUCUUCAAUGGUAAGGAAUUGAACAAGUCAAUUAACCCAGAUGAAGCAGUUGCCUAUGGUGCUGCUGUCCAAGCUGCCAUCUUGACCGGUGACACUUCGUCAAAGACUCAAGACAUUUUGUUGUUGGAUGUUGCUCCAUUAUCAUUGGGUAUUGAGACCGCUGGUGGUAUCAUGACCAAAUUGAUUCAAAGAAACGCAACCAUUCCAACCAAGAAAUCGGAAACUUUCUCGACUUAUGCUGAUAACCAGCCAGGUGUCUUGAUCCAAGUUUUCGAAGGUGAAAGAGCCAAGACCAAGGACAAUAACUUGUUGGGUAAAUUCGAAUUGUCUGGUAUCCCACCAGCACCAAGAGGUGUGCCCCAAAUCGAAGUUACUUUUGACAUUGACGCCAAUGGUAUCUUGAAUGUCUCUGCCUUGGAGAAGGGUACCGGUAAGACUCAAAAGAUUACCAUUACCAACGACAAGGGUAGAUUGUCCAAGGAAGAUAUCGAAAGAAUGGUUAAUGAAGCUGAGAAGUACAAGGAAGAUGAUGAAAAGGAAGCUGCCAGAGUUCAAGCCAAGAAUGGUUUGGAAUCUUAUGCCUACUCGUUGAAAAACACCAUUGGUGACGGCGAGUUGAAGGACAAGAUCUCUGCUGAAGACAAGGAGAAAUUGACCAAGCAGAUUGACGAGACCAUCUCUUGGUUGGACAACUCCCACUCUGCAUCGACAGAAGAGUACGCUGACAAGCAGAAGGAGUUGGAGUCUGUUGCCAACCCAAUCAUCAGCGGUGCCUACGGUGCUGGUGGUGCUCCAGGUGGCACUGGUGGUUUCCCAGGUGGCGCUCCAGGCGGCGGUGCUGCCCCAGGCGGCGAAUCCUCUGGUGGUCCAACCGUUGAAGAAGUUGACUAA